AUGAUAAGAUUGCCAAUUAUCCUACUUAUAUUAUUAGUUUACACAAAUCAAUGUUAUAGUGUUAGUUUCCAUGAUCUAUUAAAAUAUUUCUCUUCAUCUAAAUGUGGUUAUGAAUCAUGUGAAACUGGAAAAUCAGGAUAUCUAAAUAUUCAUCUAAUACCGCAUACACAUGAUGAUGUUGGUUGGUUAAAAACUGUCGAUCAGUAUUAUUAUGGUAUUAAUAAUAUGAUUCAACGAGCUGGUGUACAAUACAUUUUAGAUAGUGUUAUCUCUGCUUUAGCUCAUAAUCCAAAUCGUAAAUUUACUUAUGUUGAAGUAAUUUAUUUCUAUAAAUGGUGGUUAGUACAAACCAAAGAAAUAAAACAUUUAGUUAAAGAUUUAGUUCAGUCAGGACAAUUACAAUUUGCUUUAGGUGGUUGGAGUAUGGCUGAUGAAGCAACAGUUUAUUAUUCAGAUGCAAUUGAUCAAUUAACAUAUGGACAUAUUGUAUUAAAACAAUUAUUUGGUGAAUGUGGACGUCCAUUAGUUGCAUGGCAAAUCGAUCCAUUUGGACAUUCACGUGAUCAUUCAGAUUUAUUUCAAGAUGCCGGUUUUGAUGGUGUCUAUUUUCAACGUAUGGAUUUUCGUGAAAAGGAGAAACGUAAACAAUUAAAACAAUUAGAAGUUCUAUGGGAUACUACUAAUAUUCAUAUAAAAGUAAUAAAUAGUAGUAGUUUAUAUGGUUUAUUUACUGGAAUGUUUUAUGAUACUUAUUGUUAUCCACCUAAUAUUGAAUUGGAUGAUACAUAUCCGGAUAAUACAAUUGUAGAUAAUCCAUAUAUUCAAGAAUAUAAUGUUGAUAGUAUUGUAAAGAAAUUUAUAAAGUACGUUCAAACGAUAUCUACAGCAUUUAAAACCAAUCAUAUUAUGAUUCUGAUGGGUUGUGAUUUUACAUAUGAAAAUGCUCAUUUCAAUUAUAAUAAUAUGGAUAAGUUAAUUAAGUAUGUGAAUGCAGAACAAGUCCAUGGUAGUAAGAUUAAUGUAUUCUAUUCUACACCAGCAUGUUAUACAAAAGCAGUUAAUAAAGAAUUUAAUCAAAUUGGUAUAAUUGAUCGUCGUGGUGGUGAUUUCUUUCCAUAUGCUAGUAGUUCAUAUACAUAUUGGACAGGUUAUUAUACAAGUCGACCAGCAUUAAAAUAUUAUGUACGUCAAGCAUCAAAUUUAUUAACAAUAUGUGAACAAAUUCAUUUAUUUGCAAAUUAUAUCUUAAAUCAAAAGUAUCAUAAUGAAAAUGAUGAAAAUAUCAAUAAUUUACGUAAUAUGAUUGGUAUAUUACAACAUCAUGAUGCUAUAACUGGUACAGCUAAACAACAUGUCACAAAUGAUUAUGUAUGGCAUUUAUAUAAUGCAACAAAAUCAUGUCAACAAUUAAUCAAUAAUUCUUAUAGGAAUCUAUUACCAACAAAUCAAUUGAAUAUCAAGAAUCAAUUAGAUUUAAUAUUUUGUGAUUUAUUAAAUAUUAGUUUAUGUAAUGCAACUGAAUAUUAUCAACCGAAUAUCAAUCAUCGCAUUGAUGAUAAUGGUAUCUUCAUUCUAUUGUAUAAUCCAUUAGGUUGGGUACAAUCAAAUGUAUGGAUACGUUUCCCUGUAUAUAUUCCAUUGAAUGAUAAUGAUAUUAACGAUAGUUCACUAAUAAAUAAAUAUCAAAUUAUAUUAAAAGAUCUUCGUAAUAUAUCAAAAUCACAACAAUUUUUACCUUAUCAAUUGAAUUUAAUUCCUCAAAGAACUAUUCAAAUACCAGAACGUAAAUCUUCAAUACAUCGUGUAAAUUAUGAAUUAUUAUUCAAUGCUAAAAAUAUAUUACCAGUUGGAUUGAAUAUAUUUUAUUUCAUGAUGAAUCGUACAUCAUCGUCAUCAUCUUCUGGAUCGUCAACAUCAUCGUCAGCAUCGUCGACAUCGUCAUCAUCAUCGUCAUUUAAAAGCACAAGACAAAGAAGUUCUAUUAUUGUUACAGAAACUAUGAGAUUACAAUUACAUUAUAAUAAUUUUGAUAAUUUUGUUCAAAUUAUAAUAAACCAUAUCAAAAGUGAUAUUCCAGUAAAAUUAAACAUUGAAUUAAUGUAUUAUAUAGGUGAAACAAUGGGACCACAAUCAUCUGGUGCAUAUGUAUUUUUACCAAAAUCUAAUUCACAUGUAAAUAAAUUUCAUUCAGUUCAUGGAAUAAUAACACGUGGAACUUUAGUCGAUGAAGCUUAUAUUAAAUAUUCUUCAUGGGCUUCUUUGAUUGUACGUCUUUACCAUAAUGGAGAAUUAGAAAUUGAAUGGACAAUUGGUCCAUUUCCAUCUGAUAUGAUUGGUCGAGAAACUAUAGUGCGAUAUACUAUCGAUGGAAAUGAUGUUCAAUAUAGUGAUACAGGUGAAUUCUUCACAGACUCAUCUGGUAGACGUUUAAUAAAACGUUUACGUAAUCGCAGAGAUGAUUGGAGUCUACCAAUUCAGUAUGAUGAAGUACAAAAUAUUAGUGGUAAUUAUUAUCCAAUUGUCGAUAGAAUUAUGAUUAAAAAUAUUUUACUCAAAUGGUUGAAUAAGAAAAUUCCAUUCGGUUUAGCAAUCUAUACAGAUCGUAGUCAAGGUGGAACAAGUAUACAAGAUGGUGAACUAGAAUUGAUGUUACAUCGUCAAACAGUUAAUGAUGAUAAUUUAGGUGUAAAUGAACCAUUAAUGGAAUUAGGAUUAGACAAUAAAGGUUUAAUUGUUCGAGGUACACAUAAAAUACUUUUUGAUGAAUUAUAUUUAAUUGAAUAUGAAGAUAGGAAGUUGGCUCAAACGAUGCGUAGACCAACUAUUCCAAUGUUUAUUUCAGUGAAUAAACAAAGUUUAUCAAAUCAUUUCAAUGGAUGGAGUGGAAUCACAAAAUCUUUACCGUGUAACAUUCAUUUGCUUAGUUUAACAUCAUGGCCAUUGUAUAUUGUUGACAAACCAGAAUCGAAAAGACAAAUUCUUGUCAGAUUUGAAAAUUUGCAUACAUUGGACAAUUCUGAACAUACAUAUAUAGAUGUUUCACAUUUAUUUUAUGGUAUCACAAUAAUUGAUGUUACAGAGAUGACACUAACGGCUGAUCAAUUAAAAGAAGAUGCUAUAUCACGUAGACUUCAUUGGCCAACGGAACCAAUAUCUCAAUGUGUCAUAAAAAACUAUGAAAUGAAUUCAUCGAAUAUUAUUUUGAAAAUCCCUCCAGAUAAAAUAAUUACAUACAUAUUGAGUUAUAAAAUAGAUGAUUCUUCGUAUUUUCCUUAUUAA